CAUAUCAAGUCUCCUCCUUCUUUCCUCCGCUCCCCUCCCUUCGCUCCAUCCAUCCAUUCGCCUCUCCACUCACACGCAUUCCCAAUUUUGCAUCGCCUCCUCCGGCACAAUGACCAACGAUUCCCCGGAGGAGGAGAGCCGAGGAAAGAGGACAACGCGGCCGAGCCGAGCAGACGACAAUGUCACCAUCCUGACAUCAUCCAUGGAUGUCUACAGAAGCCGGAGCCGAGCCAGCAGCAGCAACGACGCCGGCGCCAGCUUCACGUCCUCCGCCGAUCUGAGCACGUCCUCCCUGGAACUGAGCAUCCAGACGAGGAUAUUUAAGAUAAUCGUCAUCGGGGACUCCAAUGUGGGGAAGACGUGUCUCACCUUCCGCUUCACCGGGGGGAGCUUUCCGGAUAAAACCGAAGCUACCAUCGGUGUGGACUUUAGGGAGAAGGCGGUGGAGAUAGAGGGAGAGACUAUCAAGGUACAAGUAUGGGACACGGCAGGCCAGGAGCGAUUUCGAAAAUCCAUGGUGGAACACUACUACCGGAAUGUCCAUGCAGUCGUAUUUGUUUAUGAUGUCACCAAAAUGGCUUCCUUCCGCAACCUGCAAACAUGGAUAGAGGAGUGUAAUGGUCAUAGGGUCUCUGCAUCAGUACCGCGAGUCCUAGUGGGGAACAAGUGUGACCUAGUGGAACAAAUACAGGUGCCCUCCAACAUGGCAUUGAAGUUUGCAGACUCCCACAACAUGCUGCUGUUUGAGACAUCUGCAAAGGACCCAAGGGAGAGCCAGAAUGUGGACUCAAUCUUCAUGUCACUGGCCUGUCGCCUGAAGGCCCAAAAGUCCCUGCUCUACAGAGACGUAGAGAGAGAGGACGGGAGAGUGCGGCUCACACAAGAGACUGAGACAAAGAGCAAUUGUCUUUGUUGAAAAAGGGAAUUGGUCGGAGUGAUGGAAGGGAAUACUGUACAGAAUAACAACAGUUAAAGUCAAGGAAGGGGAGGAGAAAGAUAAUGGGGAAAAAACAAGAUCAAGGUGAUGCUUAUAACUGAAACUGGAGGCAAUGUUUCUUUUUACACAAGAGGAAGUGAUGAAACAUGCUCUGGACAUAUUCUUUAGCAUGAGGAAAGUUGAUCAAAUACAAGGAUGGAAUGAAGGAUAGAUGCAAUUGAAAGUCUUACAUGAAUUCAUGCAUACGGACAGUAUAUGUAUAUUCUGCGCACACAGGCAACACACUGGCAACAUACAGUGGAACCUUGGUUAGCGUCAUUAAUUCCAAGUCCGACACAAACCGAAAUGGACACUAACCGAAUACAUUUUUCACAUAAGAAAUAAUGUAAAUGGAAUUCAUGCGUUACAAAAGCCAGCAACGCAACGCAAAACCUGUUUUUACAGUUUUACAACUAUAGUUAGACAUGCAGAAAACAGUUUGAAAUGCAUAUGAAUAAAUAUAAUUGAUUAAUGAAAACGAUAAAUGAACAUUUAAGGUUACUUUUACCUUCAUUGAAGAUGUCAUUCUUGACUGUUCCCAAAGACACGACGUGGCAGCGAGACACCACACCUUCCUGUUUUGUCAUGAGUUAUUCAUUGAAAUAAAAAUAGUGUUUCUUACCUCAAUAACCCCACAAAAACAAAAUGGCGCCUGGAAGUCAGCUGCAUCACCCAUCUGUGAUGUCAUCAGCGGCUGACUCUCAAAAAUGUUAAUGUUGUCAUGCAUAAAACAAUUCUAAAUGCAUAUAAAUGGCGAAUGAAAGGGAUAAAUGAACAUUUAACGUUAUUUUUACCUGCAUUCAAGAUAUAACUGUUCCCAAGACACGACGUGGCAGCGAGACACCACAGGGACACCAUCUUCCUGUUUUGUUAUUUUUUUAAUUAAAUAGUGACUAUGUUUACAUGCAGUCAAUAUUCGGGUUAAGGUCAAUAUUCCAGUUUCUGAAACAUUCGUAAUAACCCGUUUACAUGCGUGACGUGAAAAAAAAAGACCCCGCACGGACAAUGUUUCGACACACGGUAAAUGUCAUGACGCAAUGCACGUCAUUUCCGCUUCUUCUUUUUGUAUCCAUAAACAACAACACCGGCAUGGUGGAUAAUUAACGCCUUGUUGAUUGACUGAUUCCUUUUGAUCGGGAUAUCCCGAUAGGCGUAUACAUGACCCGAUUUUCGGGUUAGGGGGUAAUAUUUGGGUUUUUAAAAACAUGAGCAUAUUCCGUUUUUCAAAAGGGUUAUUGGUGUGGUUUACAUGGUCUACAUAGCCGUGCCCAACCGGGUUAUUGCUAAUAUUCCGGUCAUGAUAGGGUUAUUUGACUGCAUGUAAAUGUACUCACCUCAAUAAUGGGCGCCACACACAGGAGGCGACAAACAACAGCGAUUGGUGAAACUCAUUGCCAACGCAUAGCAAAUCCCGCACACGGGAGGCGACAAGCGGCUGUGGCCAGCUACACCGGUGAGUGCGCUCACAUCCAGAGUGAAUUAUGAGUCUCCCACGGUUUUGAUUGGCUGUAAGAUGAAAUGAGGGGUGCCAAAGUUCAGAGGAGGAAAAGCGGCCGGUGUUGAUCAAGUACUCGCUUUGCUCAUACUUGCUCAUACCAGACCUUGCUAGUAUUGAAGAUGAACUUACAUAAAUGUCCGUGUAAAUUUAUGCAAACUUACAGUACUUGAUAUGAAUAUACUUGAUAUUAAUUUAACAUGCACAAAUUUCGCUUGUCGCUGGACGGUGACUCACGAUAAUCGCCCUGUCGCGCAGGUUCCAUUGAAAAUGAGUGGACUAGAGGUGACGUCGCCUCCCGUGUGUGGUGCCCAUAACCCCACAAAAACUAGCUUGCUAAUAGGAUGCUAACAAGGAAGGAUGUGUUCAGAUAAAAAAUACAUUAAGAAUACAGUUUGACUCAUGCAGGCAGUGUAUUAAAAACACAGCACUCGCAAUAUUGUAAACUAAGCGGAGAAUGCACGCAAAUCGAAACAAAAUUGUGGUGUAAAUUUUUUACGUUAACCAAAAAAACAUACUGACGUAGGCGGAUCCACUGUACGUAUUGGUAAUUCAUAACAAUGGUCUUGAUAAAAAGCCAUUAACACAACUCAUUUGUCUUGAACCCAAAGUGUUUUAACCAUGAAGGGUCAUUCACUUUGAUCAGUAUUUCACAUGUUAUUCAUAUACUCUUGCCUUAAAUAUGCACAUUUAAUCAUUAUUUUAGUGAUCUCAUCUGGGGAAAGAAGCAUUGAAGUUUCAGUAUUGACUUGCGUAAAAUCACUGUGAACUCACUACAGAGGAAACAAAACAUAUCUACAACACACCCCAUGGAAAACCACAAGAACCACCACAACCAGGAAGAAACCAUCUUGAUAGCAGUCCAUCAGACAAGGAGUCUGUUAUUAAUUUUGAAGCAUUAAAGACCAGGGAAAAUGCAUUUUCCUGUUUUGCAAAUAAAUGUUAUGGAAACAUAUCCUUUCAGUGCUUUCCCCCUGACAUCGUGGCUUCUCCAGCUUUGUAUCCAAUUGCAAGAACCCUCAGUGUCAGCCAUAAUCCAUAUUCUGUACUAACAUUUGUUUGUCAACUGUUUUACUUAAACUGUGAGUAUGCUGAGAAACUGAGACUGCUGUAGACAAGACAAUGGAAAUGAUUAUCACUAUACAGUCAACAGACACAUCAUGUGCCGAGCAUACCUUAAUGAAGCCUACUUCUGAACAGUGCUUUGGUAGGAUACAUAUGAGAGAUGUGCGAAUCGGGACUCAGGUACUUUCUCCAUUAACUCGUUCACUUACUGCUACCGCUACCUAACUUAAAAAAGGAAACCAGUUAUCAUGUCACUAAGUGUGCAGCUGCUACUAUAAUAGCAUUUGUAUAAAUGUGUUUGUGACGACAUGACUUGAGUGAAUGACCCGAUUCACCUCAGUGAGUGACUCAAGAACUUUUGUCAGUAAAAGGAAUCGAGUUUCCCAGUUAGCCUAAUACUAAAUAAAAUCGAUGAGUGAACAUUUGUGUCGUUGCUCCAAGCUGACAGUCUGCUGGCCUCAGUCAUUUCUUACGUUGUGUACACAAGAGAGAGACUUGGAGAGAACUGACUUCUGCCACUAGUCUAUUAAAUUCAUGUCUGCAAAAUCACUGGAAACGCGGUUUAUGGAUACAAAUCUGAAAUACAUGCAAUCUAAUGAACUUAGUGAACAAAAAAAUGACUGUGAAAAUACAGCUUCCUAUGGUAAUGCUUUGUUGCGCUUCAGUUUUAAACAUGCUUACAGACAAUGGAAUAAAACGUCAUUCAUUGUAAAAGUAACUCGACUUCGGGUGGCGUGAACUCCAUGGAAUUCAGAGCAUAAUGAUAACUUAAUGACUAUUUCACAAUUAUUUCCUUUUUUAAAAUGUAUUAUGGGUGAAUGCAUCCUGGACACGAUGGAGGUGUGUCAUUUAAUUAAACAUAUUCAUUACAUACAACCUGUUGAUUUUAUUUGCUGCUUAAGUGACAGACAGAUUCUCUUGAUAAAAGUUUCCUGUAAUUAAAUUGACCUAAGCUGGAUAAAAAAAGUUUAACCUAUUGUCUGGUGUCAAAUAAAUAAUUGGUACACAAUACACUUACACGUCAGUCUAAAUGGUGUUUUUAUUUCCUUCUAACAAGGUAAAGGUAUGGUUUUACACAUUUCAAAUAAUUCCAAAUUUAAAGAUACAAUUUUGGUCAGAAGUUGACAUACACUCAUCAUGGGCUUGAAUCUUUUAUUAAUUAGGAGUUCAUAGUGAUUAUUUGUACAUCUCUUUUAUCCAGGAUCGCAUGAUAUUAAUUUUGGAUUUCCUUUAAAUUAACACAGGGACAAAACUGUGACGACUUUAUGUAAAUAUACCCUCUCCUAUCUUUUUUUUUCCUAAAUUUGUUAUGGAUUCUUAAUUUUAAAAGGGAUACCUUCAAAAUGAUUUUUGUUCUUUGUAUGCAGAUUAUUUGUUUUAUUUCUCCUUACGUUAUGAAUGAAUAUUACAGUCACACCAAACAGGAAACCAAAUAAUACUAGUCCAAGAAUAAAUCAUAAUAUUAAAUAAAAAAUGCAUAAUAAUAAUACAAUGCACACAAGAAGUACUGAUGAAGAUCCCAUUACAGUAUAUCAGGGGUCGCCAACCCACACCGAUGUCGAUCCACUAGUCGAUGGACUUUGGGACUUUGCCAGUCGAUCGUGAGAAUAUUAGAAAAAGAAAAUCUUAUAACAUCAGUGGCUUCCCUUCCCGGAGAGCGAUCAAUAGGCACGCAUUUAGUCCACUAAACACGCCCAUACACUUUAUCGGGCAGCAACCUGCAAGCCUCAGCCAGGAGCCCGGUCCCCAAAACCCGGCCGGAGGUACCAGUGCAGACACAGCGGCAAAAAGCGGCAAAAAGGUUGAGCGAGCAGCUUGCAGAGGUUGGGAGAGAGGGAGAGAUGGAGUGACAGCGCAGAGAUGUGCACACAACAUUAAUUAUUACACAUUAAUAUGGCUCAAAAUCUGCCUUUGCUGCCUCAACGUUAAGGCACAAAUAUAACUCUGUAGACGUGCACCUCCAAAAGAAAUCUUUGCAUGCCAGCGACGCGGUUCGUUAGGGUUGACUGUUGUAAUAUUGACCAGCCCCUCUCUCCUCAACCACCAUCGCUUGCCCACGACAACAAGCCAAAUAGAAUUGUGGUUUGCCCAUGGAGCCGACCCUGACAAAGAGUCACAAAAUUAGGGGUGCCCAAAGUGUGGCUCAUUUGUCAUUGCAUCACUGCAGAAACAAAAUAACCCCCCCAAAAAACUGCAAAAAUGGUAAAAAAAAAAAAUACGAAGAGAGGCACAAUGAGAUAAAGCUGAAAUGUUGAUGCCAACAAUAUGUAUCAUAUGACAGUAUUAUAAAUAUGACUCACUUUACUUUACUUACUUUAUUUCUUACUAAAUAAAUAAGCAAACAAAAAAUGCUAAUUAAUUUUUCUCGACAUAUAUAUGUAUAUAUAUUUUUGGUUGGUGACCAUCCCGCCAUCCAUCUUCUAUGCCGCUUAUCCUCACUAGCGUGGUGGGGGUAUGCUGGCGCCUGAAAACAUUUCUGUGCCCCCGUGGGGGCAUGACAGAAAACAACUGAGAACCUCUGACUUAGUGUAAUGAUGAAUCCUGGUGCACUGGUGUAUUAUUGUUCCUGUGUGAAUUGCAGAUAAAAAAAAAAAUACUGUCCUCAAAGUACUCAAACAUAUGUAAUCCUUGGACAUGAAAUGUUCCCUAUGUAUUUGACAUGAUUGAAUUUACAGUAAGUCUGUUUUGGCUGUUUAUACAAUAUGGAUGUAAUGAUACAGUAUUUACCGCACCAACCUUCUCAACGCAGGAGUUGCACGUCUAUUUAUUUUGUAUCUUUUUUCCCCCCAUAUGUAUUUCAUUUCAACAUCACGUGCCAAUGUUGUACAACUUUCUUUUCUUUUGCUCUCUUAACACUCCGUGCCUCUGCUUAUUGUUUCAGUGAAUGCUUUCUUUGCCUUCCACAGUUCCCACUGUUGGAUUACUUGUUUUUUUCCCUUUCCAAACAUGUGCUUUGUGCCGUUUUUUCUUUUCUCUUUGGCAGAUUGUGUGUCCAUUAAUGGAUUGUGCAGAUGAGCAAUGCUGACUACUGGGAGGAUGAGACCAUUGGAGACAUGAGGGGAAAUAUCUCAUCAGUAAACUGUUUUGUUACAAAAAAAAAGACCCAGUUGCAACUUUUCAGACUUAUGGAUAUGUUUAAAAUAUGUUUAAAAUUGUACUGUUGUACUUGGAAAUGUUGUACCACUCACAAACACACUUGGUUUACCAGAGAAUAAGAAGACGUAGCAGGAGGGAUUGAUGUUGCCAACUUAGCGACUUUAUCACUAUUGUGGCAGGCUUGAGACACAUGAACUGGUCUGACAAAAACGUCAAGUUGGUUAAGGACAAUUCUAGCGACUUUGGAGACUGACAUGAAAGCAUGUGUUACUCUUCUCAACGAGCAGCGGAUCCUGCUGUGGGCCCCUCCCCCAUCUGACAUAAAAAAAC